GCUCCUGAGCUUCCCAUUAGGUUUGCGACGUUUAGCGACCAUCGCGCCUGCGCCAACGCCGGCUGAGAGGCUGGGGCACUGGCGGCUCGUACCGGGUGAUGUUAGGCGGCUCCCUGCGCUCCAGGCUGUUGCGAGGUGUGGGAGGGUGUCGCGAGCAGUUCGCGGCGCCGGGUAUCCGCGAAGGUGGCGCAGCCAUGGCAGCUGGGGAGAGCAUGGCUCAGCGGAUGGUCUGGGUGGACCUGGAGAUGACAGGAUUGGACAUUGAGAAGGACCAGAUUAUUGAGAUGGCUUGUCUGAUAACUGAUUCUGAUCUCAACAUUUUGGCUGAAGGUCCUAACUUGAUUAUCAAACAGCCAGAUGAGUUACUGGACAGCAUGUCAGAUUGGUGUAAGGAGCAUCAUGGGAAGUCUGGUCUAACCAAAGCAGUGAAGGAGAGUACAAUGACAUUGCAGCAGGCAGAGUAUGAAUUUCUGUCCUUUGUACGACAGCAGACUCCUCCGGGGCUCUGUCCACUGGCAGGAAAUUCAGUUCAUGCAGAUAAGAAGUUUCUUGACAAAUACAUGCCCCAGUUCAUGAAACAUCUUCAUUAUAGAAUAAUUGAUGUGAGCACUGUUAAAGAGCUGUGCAGACGCUGGUAUCCAGAAGAAUAUGAAUUUGCACCAAAGAAGGCUGCUUCUCACAGGGCACUUGAUGACAUUAGCGAAAGCAUCAAAGAACUUCAGUUUUACCGAAAUAACAUCUUCAAGAAAAAAACAGAUGAAAAGAAGAGGAAAAUUAUAGAAAAUGGGGAAAAUGAGAAGACUGUGAGUUGAUGCCAGUUCUUGUGCUGCCACCACAUAGUUCUCUGGAGGCAGCUUCUCAUGGUUUUUCUGUUCACACUGAUUGCUUGGCAGAGCACCUUCUUUCAGUUAAUUUGCACCGCCAGAUUAUUGAAGCAGAUAGCACCUGAAAUAUUAUUUUUCUCCUGACAUACUGUUUUCAUUUAUCACACAGCAGCUCAUUUGUAAGUACCAGGUCAUGUCCAUUCCUUGGUACAUAUCUGCAUUUGCUUUUAGACCAUUUCUUUUGUUUUUUUAAAAAUAAUAAAGCUAGUUCUAUUGAAAUGCAAA